CAAUGAAUUUUGAUUAAACAGGAAAGUUUCUGCUUGAUUUGAGACGAUUUUCUCAAAAUUUCUUUCAAAAUGAGCUCAGGAUGUAUUGCACUGCUUUCACCGUCUGCUCAAAAUUUAGCAAAUAAUGAAAUUCAGUCAAGUUUUGACGAAAAUGAACAGCCCGAAAAUGAAGAAAGUGCAGAAGUUGGUGCUAACAAUGACACCUAUAAGGUUGCUCAAAAUGUUCAUGCCGAAAUUGAUGAAGAUGAAAAUGAUGAUCAGAAAGAGAAUAAAUACGGCCAGAGUGUGGUUGAAAAAGAAAAAGACGGGGCUGAAUCAUCUGAUGGUUCGGAAGAUAAUUUGAAGAGCGGGAAAAAACCACGCGCACUGACUGAGAAACAAAUUGAGGCAGAAAAAAUGAAGCUGCAUUCGGAAAGUCAACGAAUUAUGAGAGUUGGUGCUCUCAAACUACCAAAACAAAUCAGUUCCAAGAGUAAAGCAUCGCUGGCAGAUUUUGUGAGAUCAGAUUCGAAAUUUGGCUCUUUCCUUGCCAAACAACACAGUGCACCAGCUGGUCAAAUUUCCAGAGGAAAACGACAUCUUACUGAGCUGAAGACACAACCCGAAGAGCCAGACGCAGCUCCUGAUGAUGUUGGAGAAUCCUCCCAGGAAAACGUCGCAAACACUCUUAUUUCAGCUGCUGCGAAGUUGAGGGCCCAAAAGUUGGAACGGUUACUGGGAAAGCCACUUCCAGAACUACAUCAGAAGAAAUCAGAGCCAAAAAAAUCUGGCGUUGAAAAUGUCGAGAGUUAUCAACAGGUUGUAAACAGCAGCGGUUGCGGAGAAGAAAUUGUGCUAAUGAAAUCUGCAAAGGAUAUUCAGAAGGAAAAAUUAAUGGAGAGGUUUACGCAACAUGCACAGAAAAAGAAACCGAAGCCCAUUUUGACGCGUUCCCCUCUCAUCACAGCCGCGAGUGCAAUAGACGAGCGAAUGCUGAGUCAGAUGAUGUUGCAGUCCUUAGAAGACGCCAAGAAGAGAAGUGCAAUUGAAGCAGUAGUCGCCUCCAAGGACGGAAAAGUUAUGCCAGGCAUGGAUGCAUCCCAGGAGUUACCACCUGGACGUGGGAGACACCUGUUGAGGUCUAAACUGAAGAGUUGUAUGAGUGACAAGAUGAGACAGAAACACGAGGUCAGGUGUGAAAUGUACGAGCAGGGCCGAAGAGAGUACAACGAGAGGAUGGGCAUUGAGGAGGGCCAGGAAGGCGAGGAGAAAGUGGAAAGUGACGAGGACUUCCAGCCGGAUGAGGGGCAGGGGAGUGAUGAUCAAGCUGAAGGAGAUAGUGGAAGUGAUCUGGGCUCAGACGUCAAUGGAGAGGAGGGAGUGGAUGAAGACGACGACGAAGAAGAAGAGAGACGUGAGAGGAACAUGAUGAUAGAGGACGAAGCUGAAGAAGGUGACGAGGAAGAAGACGAAAAUGAAGAUGACGUCACUGGAGGGAAAAGCAACCAAGACAAAAGAGACAAGCUGAAAAGUUUGAACUUGGUUCGGUCCAACAAUGAAAUGGCGAAUGAGACUGGAUAUAGUGACGCCUCCUCCUUCCUUCCGAAUGCUCAGAUGCCUAGAUCAGACAGCAACAUCACGCCACUCAGCAUCACUAACACCAACACAAAUAACAACACGAUUGCCUUAGACGACAGCAUGUUUCCACCUAUACUCUACAGAGCCGACUCCUCCCGCACUAAUGACGGCAGCAGCAGUCGCAAGAGUCCAGAAGGAGACGGCGACAGCGAGUACCUCUUUAGCCAAUCAAACCUAUUCGACGACGACGGGUUUAUUCGAACUGAGAGGUCAAGUCACCAAGAAAAGAGUGAACGAGAGCGGGAAAACUGGAUCAAAUGUUUACUCGAUAGUUCCACCACGAACAAUACCUCGAAUAGUGCAAAUGUAUUGGCCCACGAUACCACUUGUGACGAGGAAGUCUCAAAACUCUGUGCUGCAAGCAGCGUGAACAACACAAGCGAUGUGAACAAAAGUAUGACCAACUUUAGACCUUCAUCUGGCGAAAAUGCAAUUUUGGACCCCGAGGAUAUCGGAUUUCUAUGCAGUGGGAAUUUUGUUACUCAGAACUCGCAGGAAAACCCUGCCGAUAAUUCGACCGAAGGGUCAAAGCAGGCAGAAGAAAAGUCAGUAUUCCCCCACAUGAGCAACUCCGGGUCCAAUCCAAGCAGCUCUCUGGACGAAUUAGCCAUGCUUUGCUCCGCUCCUUUUCCGAACAAUUUCGCGAGCCAGACGCAACCUCGUGGAGCUGCACAGGCGUCUCAGAACUCACGAUAUCAGUCGAGUCCACUGGAGGAUAGUCCAGCUGUAGUUAACGUGGAAGGAGCAGCUGCUGGCUUAAAUGGACGUCUCGAAUCGCCGGCAUUCUCUGCUGUGGACCCGAAUAGCCCCCUUGCAGGCAAAGAGUCUUUCGGAGUCAACGCGGAAUACUCUCCGUCGGAAGAACCCCCCGAGGGUAGCAACAUCGAUGAAGACGACGAUGAAGAUCAAAUUCUAAUGACUGCCCGGAAAAGGCCUCAAACUCCAAAAUCGGCCGCCAAAAAGUCUAGGAAAUCCAGGGUUCUUGCUGACAGUGACUCGGAAGCAGAAGAGGACAAGGUUGAUAUCGAGGACAACGAAUGUGACGUCAUGAAGGAAUUAGCCGAAUCGAAGGUCAAAGAGACGAGCAAAGAUGAGUUGAGUGUGUUUGAUGGCGGAAAUAGUGUGAAAUUAUUUUCGGAGUCGGCAGCAAGUGAAUUGGGAGAGAAACAAUCGGCUAAUAGAACAAAUCAGGAGCUUGAAAAAAAAUCAGACGAGCAGGAAAGUAAUUCAACUGAAAAUGAGGAAAACAACGAAUUUGGAAAAAAUGAGACUGGCCGAAAGCUGCGCCGAGUUGUGCUGGAUGAUGAUGACGACGACGAGGAUGAAGACGCAGAUGACGAAGGAGGAGACGAGGACGACGAUGACAAUGACUCAGAGGGGGAGGGAGAGUACGAGGAUGGUGAGGCAGAAGAUGGGGGCUACUAUGAAGAUGAAGAGGGGGCGUUGCCGGCGGAGGAAAACGAAGAGCUGUUGGAGUAUAGAAGAGCAGCGGCUGGAAUAAAGGUAGCAGACUACAUGGAUGAUCAGGCCGAGUUGUCGGGCAGCGACGCGGGCGAAGGCGGCUCGGACGACGAAGGCGACUACGGGGGACUCAACCCCAACGAGUACGAACAGGAUGGCCUGGACGACAACAUCUCGGUGUCGAAUGCGCAGCUGCGAGACGAAAACGGACGCAUCCUGUUGCAAGAUAUGCUGAGCGAGGAACAGCGGGAUCUGAAGUUGUUGCAGGAGUUUCUGCUUGGAGAUGACGAAGAAGAAGGAAUGCAGAGGAUCAGACAGUUCAAGUGGAAAGAUCUAGAUGAGAACGACGGAUCUCUCUUGUUCCACAGCAAUGAUGACUCGGACGACGAAAUGGACUUGGGUGGUGGUGUUAGUGAUCUACUUGAUCCGAAUGCCAAGGCAGAAUUUAUGAGCAGUAUGGCAGCCGCACUUGGCGCUGUCCAGGACAUCUCGGAACAAUCGGGAUCCAAGGCCAAAGCCAGACUGGAGUUAUCCCAGUGGCUGCAGUCGGAACAUGCUGCCGUCCAGAUGCAGAAUCAUUACGAAAAACAGCUCCAGAGUUCCCAGUCACAAUUGGCGUGUUCGAAUAUCACAAAACUGAAGUUCAAGUCUACCUCUUCGCUUAUUGCUGCGCGCUCCACAAAUAUCGUUGAAGAUAUUGGGGCCAAUCAAAGUGUUCUCGGCGGCACUGAGUCCACUGAUCCGAAGAGCGCGUCCAAUCUCUUUUCCAAGUCAACAGUACCUGCAGAAUGGAAUAGCAUGCCAAUCGACCACUAUUUCAAACGAAGGGGAUCAAAGCUGUCUUCAGAGGCACUUUUCCGACACAGUUCAAUGCUGAAGAGUGCAGCUGUGAGAUUGACACAAUUAGCCGACAAAAUGAGAGAAAAGUCAGGUGCUUCGAAAGCAGGCGGGGGAACACAAAGUGGACUAAAGAGUAGCAGCAGUGUGAUGCAGCCGGCAGUAGACACGAAGAAUAUGGUGUUCAAGAGGAAAGAGAUGCCACCUAGUGAUGUUGCAGGGGACAGUAGGCAGCCAGCAGAUGCGACCGCGAAGACGAAAAAUGUGAAGCGAAAGUCAAUGCACGAUUCAACUUUGACCAACGGAACACCACUGAUGAAACACGCUAAACUCGAUAUUGGAACGAGACUCAGAGCUGCAAAGUCAUUCAUUUUAGACAAUUUAGAUUAGAAAUAUAUUGUUCGUAUAAUCAAUGAUUUGGGAGAAAAUACUGCUUUACUUGUUUUUGAUCAGUUGUUUGUUUGAUUGUUGUACUGUGAGUAAAUUAGAAUUUCCACUACUAGAAAUUGUUCUGUGAAGCUUUAAAUUUUUUCUAUUGUUUUAUCAAUUUUGUUGGACUCACAAUUUUAAUUUUUGUCUGUA